CUGUACUUAGCUUAAAUGAAACCUUGCGGAAGACUCGAUAGCCUUAAUGACCACUUUCAGUGACUAGACGUCAAAAUAGGAUGAAACGAGGUUCGAAACCGACGCCUGUUAAACGGCGAAGCGAAGGAAUCAAGGAAGCAGUACAAGAUCUAGAGCUGCUAUGUAUCAAAGAGGAGUAUACCGAUAUGGGGAGGGCAAAGGAGUUGUGCGACAAGAGAGUCGCUGAGUUGAAGAAAUCAAACGGAACUUUGGAGAAGGCAACUUGAGCACAAGCACAUUGUAACAUUUCAUGGAGUUGGCAUAGACAUUCAAGAGCGACAACUCGUUUCACUGGUUCUGGUGUUCGACUUGUGUAUCAGGAGCUUAGACAAACAAAUCUUUAAGUGCAUUCCAUGGAAGACGGCUAGUGCAGCAGUUGUGGGCAAAACAAAUUUUAGAUGCGCUUGAAUUCAUCCAUAGCAAGAGUGUUGUCCAUCGAAAUCUCGAGCUGGCCAAUAUUCUGAUUUCAAAACGUGAGCACAUCAAAGUUGCUGGCUUAGGUCUCGCAACCUUUAAAGACAAAAUCAUUAGCACAAUGUGUGGGACUCCUUUGUACAUGGCACCGGAAGUGAUGGAAGGCAAACUCCACAGUGCAGAGGUGGAUAUAUAGAGUUUUGGUCUCAUGAUGUGGGAAAUGUGGUUCGGGAAACGUGUCCUUACCGGACGUCGCCGUGAAGAUAUAUACAGACGAAUUAAAGACGAGCAUUAUCGUCCUCAAAUUGAGGCAAUCCGACCCAAGUUUGAGGCGAACAGCCUCAGAAUUGACUAGACGUCAAAAUGCCUGUUAGACGGCAAAGCGAAAGUUUCAUGGAAGUGGCGGAAGAUCUAGAGCUGCUAUGUAUCGAAGAGAAGGUUAACGACUUGGAGAGGGCAAAGGAACUGUGCGAAAAGAGAGUCGCAGAGUUGAGGAAAACAAACGGAACUUUGGAGAUGGGAUAUACGCGAAUCUUAGCCAAUAUAGAACAAACACUCGGUCGCCGAGAAGUCCUGAAAGAGCACUAUGAGAAAGUUAAAGACAACCUGCAGACAACUGAAGCAGUAAGCGAGACUGAAGUAAAUGACUUUCGGAAGGUGGCUGAGGCAUAUCUCAAGGAUCUCAGAACCAAGAGAUACACUGUUCUUAUUCUCGGAGAAACCAGCGCUGGCAAGAGUAGUCUUAUUAACCUCUUACUUGGAAAAAACAUCAUGCCAACCAGUAUCCAACAGAACACACUGACUAUAUGUGAAGUGUCAUAUGGACCGGCUGAAGAAGCUGUGCUGCACUUCGCUAAUAGACGCAAACCACCUCGUGUACUUACCGGGGACACAUUUGACAAGUUUAAAUAUUACAUUCAAGAGCCGAUAGAGAACGAAAACUGGUGCGAGUGGAUAGAGAUCAGGAUUCCAAAUCCAUUAUUAAAGGGCGGUGUAGUGAUAGUAGACAGCCCAGGAAUUGGCGAUUCAAAGCGUGUCAAUGAAAUCACCCUAAAAUAUUUGCGUCGAGCCCACGCUUUUAUCUACGUCAUAAACACUCCAAACGCCGGAGGAUUACAACAGGACAGGCUGAUGCCUAUCUUGAGUGAAUGGAUAAAACUCUACGAGGGAGAAGAUGAUUGUGGUAUCACUUCAGAAUCUGCUAUUUUUGUUUGUAACAAGUGGGACGAGGUGAAAAAGCAGUCCAACCGAAAUCAGGAGGAAGAUCCUGAAAGGAAAAUCAUCGACACUCUCAGGAAGAAUAUUCCCGAACUGGAUGAAAAAUUCCAAAUCAUUAAGAUGUCAGUCUCUAGAGCCACAGAAGUAAAAGAGAGAUUUGACGUGAUUGAUGAUGAUCUUAACAUUCUUGUGAAUCGAUUACAGCGUCUUCUGCCACUUUGCAUGGAGAGAAAAACAGAAUUCUUUUACUGCUGGAUCAGCGGCCAGCUCUGCAGCUUGUCCGAUCAGCUCAAAGGUGAAAUGCAAAAUGCCAAAAGGAACAAAGUAGAACGUCUCAAGGCUCGGGAAGAACUUGACGAGAAACUCAGCAAACUUAAACAAGGCACCUUCAUCCGAAAAUUUGAGGACGCCAUAACUUCCUAUGUGAAACAAGUACAAGAAAAACUUGCGUCCUACUUACAAUCUGAAGAAUUUAGAAGGAAAUUUUUCAGGUGGACAGAAGACGAUCUGCCUAAAACGGAAGGGGGUCAAAACUUUUCAAAGAUGGAAACAUUUAGCAGAUGCAUUGAACAACGAUUCGAAUAUACCCUCCAAAACUGGGAAAGCAAAGAGAAUGUUUUCUCCCAAGCACAUUUAGAACUGAAAGCACGGUUUGACAGAGGUUUCCUAGAGUUUGAGAGAGAAAUUCGAGACAUUGACCGUAUACUUGUUGGAGGUGACGUGGAGGACUACCGACCUUUUGAGAUUCGCCCGGGCCGGAUGUUCUCGCCAGUAGAUUCAAGAAUGAAAAAAUUUCUUGUGAUGACUGGCGUGAUUUUUUGGCCAGUUUUGAUGUCCGUAGGCCUCGUUGCAGGAGUUCUUUCUGCACCCAUCCUUGGGGUACUGGCGGUUGGAAGGCAUCUAAAGGAACAACAUCCAAAGACCAAUUGUUGUCAGACACUAAAAGACCUCUCAGCAAAGUUCCUCGAGGAUUUCAUCACUCACAAAAUCCGCAGUUAUGUCCAAGACAAAUUCAGCGAGGAGACGAAUCGCAUCGCCAGCAUCAAGAGGUGUCACCAGCAAUUAAUCACCAAAUACGAGCAACGAUGCAAAGACCUGACAAAGAGCGAAGAUGAAUCAAGGGACAAAGAGAUCCUAAAGAAGUACAGUCCACUGUACACAAACUUUAAGAACUUAAAUGAAGACUUGAUGUUCGAUGCAAUCCAAAAUGGAAUACAGGUGAUGAACCCACCUUGCCAACUCGAAGUGGGUAGAAUUCAGUACAAUGAGAGCGAAAGUAAGGCAUACGUUGGUGAAGGCAGCUUUAGUAAGGUUUACAAAGGAAGAUACUUUCCUCCUGGACGUGGAAGAAAAGAUAUUGCGGUCAAAAAGAUCCGGAAUCAUCCAGAUCCAUCAAAUGUUACCGCCUUUCUCAAAGAAGCAGCAAUGCUAAAGCAACUUGAGCACAAGCACAUCGUAACAUUUUAUGGAGUGGGCGUAGACGUUCAAGAGCGACAACUCGUUUCACUGGUUCUGGUGUUCGACUUGUGUAUCAGGAGCCUAGACGAACAAAUCUUUGAGAAUGACGCGUGCAUUCCAUGGAAAACGCCUAAUGCAGCACCUACGAUAAUUCUCUGGGCAAAUCAAAUUUUAGAUGCGCUUGAAUUCAUCCAUAGCAAGAAUGUUGUCCAUCGAGAUCUCAAGCUGGCCAAUAUUCUGAUUUCAAAACGUGAGCACAUCAAAGUUGCAGACUUAGGUCUAGCAACCUUUAAAGACAAAAUCACUGGCACAGUGUGUGGGACUCCUUUAUACAUGGCACCGGAAGUGAUGGAAGGCAAACUCCACAGUGCAAAGGUGGAUAUAUACAGUUUUGGCCUCAUGAUAUGGGAAAUGUGGUUUGGGAAACGCGUCUUUAUCGAACAACGUCUUGAAGAUAUUUAUAGACGAAUUAGAGACGAGCAUUAUCGUCCUCAAAUUCCCAAGGAUGGAAAUCUCCCUCCAGCAAAAUGGAUUGAGCUCAUGACAUCGAGUUGGCAAUCCGACCCAAGUUUGAGGCGAACAGCCACAGAAUGUAAGAACAUUAUUAAGACAAUUAAGCAUUAGUAUGUUAAGUGGGGUAAAGGUUAAUUUUUCUCCCUUUGCGUGUACAAUAAUUCUGAGUUAUUUUCGAACAACUGACAGCCACGUUCAGAUAAGUUAAUCCUCAUGGACCGAGAGAGAAGAUCGGGCGAGAUGAAAUAUAACUAGAAUUUUUGCUCGACCUGGCGAGAGAGCCUGGCCCUUUAGCCCGUCACGUAAAUUUUUGUAGUGAGCCGGGGGCGCCUUUCAUUUUCAUCGAUUGAUUGUUUGUCCUUGGGACUCCAAGCACGAGGCAUGUUUGGAUCAUUUAGCGUUCAUUACAUGAGAAUUGCAUUUGAAUUUUAUAACACUGUUGUUAUCAUUAUACGAAUAUUAAAAACCGUAAUUUUGGCAUCUUAUAACGGCGAGAAAAGUUACAAAGUAGAGUAACGAUAGUAGACAUCUGAGUUUUACUAUGAAGUUAAACAAUCUAGAUUGCUCAUUUGGGAAGAAGUAAAACAAGUGCCUUUAAAGCAGCGGCCAGGUUUCUGAUUUAAUUCCGCAACACAUGCUCGGUUAAAUCCUGCCGGUAUGUGAGGUUGAUUCAAAGACAUGGAACAUAAUUAUGUUGUAAACGAAACAAACCUAAGAAUUUUUUAGAUUAUCAUCAACAUUUUGGCUUUCCGGAAUUUAUCUCAUCGAUUAAUUUUUCUUUAUUCAUUAACGGUCAACGCAAGUAGCUUAAGCUCCCAGGAUUAGGCUCGGUAUAAAUAAUGUUGGUGUAAAUAUAUGUUAAUGUUACUCAAUAGGUGAAAUGUAAGGAUUUGUACGGGAGUAUAUGGUCACACUCAUAACCCAAAAAUCUGAAUUAGUUUUCAAUAAAAGCGCACUUGCAUCGCUUCUUUGUUUGUUUCUUUGCAUAUUGUGAGCUUUCUUGUCGGAUCUUCGACCGUUCAGCGCGUUUCUUGGUUCUCCUGAUUUACCCUUAAAGGAUUACAUAGUUCUCCCAAUACUCAACUGUCAGUCAAUGAAAGCUCUUCAUUGAGACAUUUCAGCCCAUG